AUGGAGACGGGCGGGUGCCGCAUGGGGGGCGCGGGGCCCGGCGGCCCGGCCGCGAUCACGCUGGAGGAGCUGGACGGGCUGGCCGAGGAGAGCCCCGACUCGGCGUACCACAGCCACGGCAGCAGCCUGGAGGAGGAGGCGGCCGAGCGCAUGGACGACGAGGAGCAGGAGCGGCUGCUGAACUACUGGCAGAGCGUGGGCAGGGGGCACCAGGUGGACGUGCCCCGAGACAUGGCAGAGCCCAUCCAGCAGCUGACCAGGAAUAACAACCCCCAGGAGAGGCAGAGCAUCCCCUUCACCCUGAUCCAGCGCAAGGAGAAGCUGGGAGAUCUGCUCUACGAGAAAAGGCAGUACGGGAAAGCCAAGUGGGCUUGUAUCAAAAUGAAAGAGAAGCAGUACGAGCAGAGCAUCUGCCUCGGAUUCAUGAAGCUCAUGAGGUACAUCUGCGAGCAGAACUCCUCAGGGCUGUACCUGGGGAUCACCGUGCCCAUCGUGACCAUCGUGCACACCAACGAGGCGCAGUCGGCGAUGACGCAGGCGGUGACAGUGGCCUAUUACCUGCCCGAGGUGCUGCAGGACGAGCCCCCGCACCCCUUUGACUCGGACAUCAUCAUCGAGGAGUGGCCUGCCACCAUUGUCUACAGCAGGAGCUUCCGAGGGAUCACCAACGAAGACUCCAUCAUGAGAGAGAUCAACCUGCUGGCGGCCAUCCUGGAGAGCCCCGAGCUGUGCCUGCGGGACACCUUCAUCAUCGCCGGCUACACCAACCCGGCGGCCGCCAACCGCCACAACGAGAUCUGGUUCCUGCAGCGGCCCUGAGCUCGCGCUGCUGCCCCUCGGAGCCUCCUCCCUCCCUCUCACAGGUGAACCCGGGCAGCCCAGGUGUCCCCCCCUCACAGGGGCUCUCAGCCGGGCUAGGAACAAGCGGCCCAGCUCAGCCCCCCACCCACAGAUCCCUACGGCAACUCUGACGGCUUUGACACAAAUUUCAUGGAGGGUUUGAGAACUUUAAAAGUUAGUUCAGCUUAUCUAUAAUUUUUUUUUUUUUUUUUUACCAGGUAAGGGAGGCAGAGACCCCUUCCCUCACACACUCUUUGGCAUCCCCAGCCUGCCUGUGGCUCGGGAUGGCCCCUGGGGACAUCCUGGAGCCCUGGCCUGCUCUGGUGCUGCACAGAGACCCCGCUGGGUGUGACACACCAAACCCACCUCACACAGGCAGAGAAAGAAUGUCCAGGCCUUAGCUCCUGAGGAGAACUACCAGAUUUAGGCCACUGGGAUUAGAGCAGCUGCGGCACAGAGAUCCCCAGUGCUUACCUCAGAAAGCUCCCAACCAAAGCACCCCGAGUCUGGAGAGAGACCAAAAAGGCACCACGGUCCUACUACAGCUCAUUCAGCUGCUGACAGCAGAAUUCCAGCUCACCCUCAUCACAACCCCCCCAGGAAUCCCAUGACUGGCUCUGGCAUUCCUAAGGAGACACUGGUUAUUUUUAAUUGCAGUUUUCUGAACACUUUAUUCUCACAGCUCUGCUGGGUGUUAAAACACUGCAGCUGGAGUAAAUUGUUCAGCACUUCUGGCACUGCUCUGGCAGUUGUUGAUGGCAUAAAUGACAUAAAUAUCCACAGAGAACACCUCAGCUGGGAGUGAUCUCGGGCAGACACCUCUGCUGAGGGCAGGGCCAGGCACAGCUGGGUUUGAGCAUCCCCAGGGAUGGGGAGCCCACAGCCCCUCUGGGCCUGUCCCAGCACCUGACCACGCUCACUGUGAGAGCUUUUCCUUCCUCAUAUCAGUUUGUUGUUUGUUUUGCCCUUCACCCCUGUGAGAACCCCUCAGCUGCCAGCCUGGCUCGCUGCAGAGGCCGAGCUCCCACAUUCCAGAGCCCCCAGAAAGUGUGGGAGCAGCAUUCCCACUGUUCCACACAGCCCAAGAGCACCUACUGCACUUUAGAGUCAGGGCAGAAAACUGUUUUGCUCUCCAAAGUCCCUCCCUAAUGUCACCCAUUACUGACAAGAUGGUAGAGUUAAUAGAAGUAAAUGCCUUUUUAUAUGAAAUUCACUGAGUACAUCACCAGCAUUUUUUAUUGGUUGCAGGGUUUAGGGUUCCAACAGAGCAUCUGUGCUCUUUAAUUCCAACACACAGAGCAGCAACCAGAGCCAGCGGCUGCUAACUCACGGCAGGGUGAGAAAACAACUCCAGAAAUGGAUUUGUGGGGGACUUCUGGAACAACCUGCAGCCUCCUGGUUCCACAGGGCUCUGUGCUCACCCCAAAACCUCUCCCUGAGCAGUGGGAUCAGAGUGGCCCUGGCUUAAAUGGGACCAAGGUGCCCUCUGGUGCCUGCUGGGCACGGAGAUUCCUUGGGAAGCAGCAAGGAGAGGGGGAAAAGGAAAGAGGAAAUUAAAAAAAGAGACACAAAAGCCUUAGUUUUAGCACAAACAAACCAACAGUCUUUAUGGAGAGGAGAAAAAAACACCCAAGAUAACUAAAAUGCAAUAUAGUGUCACAGCCUGGGAAAAGGAAAACUAAAAACGCCAGCCAGUAUUAAACUAAAAGCUCUUAAUUAAAGAAAAACAGUGAAAUUAUUUUUAAAAUUGAGUUGAAUAGAGGGCCCAGGGAGGAAUUAAAUUAAAGGUUUUGUUCUCAUAUCCUCCCCAGACUUUCCUAAGAGCCAAUAAAAGUAAUUUUCACCUUUGAUUUUGUGGCAAACUAAAGAAGCUUCUGCCAUCUGAUUGCUUUUGCCAGUUGGAGAAAUUCUCGUAAUGCUUUGGGCACAACAGGCGUUGGAUAGCUCCUGGAAGCAGUGAAAUCCUGUCCCCACAGAGCACCAGUUUGUACAUAACUCACAUUUCAAACCUCUCCUGCAAAGCAUCUGCUGUGUCUGAUGUCCCUGUCCCCCGCUCCUGUGGCCCAGCUCCCCGUGGGUGAUGUUCUAGAAACAUCCCUGAACCAUGAGCAGAUCUGAGUGUGCUGAUAUCCCACUGCAGCCCAGCAUUCCCCGCUGCUUUUGGCAAGCUGUGAAUUCCAAGAUAGUAUUUAUUUAUUUUGACUUCUGUUAGAAGGCUUCUGCUGCUGAGAAAAAAAAAACCAACCAACCAACCAAACUACUUCAGCUCCAAUUUGGAGAGACACUGUAUGGCUUGGUACCAACAGCUGCCACCGGCCCUCACGAGCACAGCUCCAGUGUUUAGCUGACACAAAAUACAGUUUGUCCAGUUGUUACACCAGUGAAUGCCAAGCAAACAUCACUGUCACUCAGAUCUGACAGCACCAUGUCAGGCAGGAUUGCCUGGAACAGGCGAUUUAUCAUCCAUCCACGGCUCUACUCAGGAGCCACUCGUGGAUUUUCAGUUUUAAUGUGGAAUUAUUAGCUUUCCACUCAUGGAAGGAGAUAAUAAAUCAGCAUUCACCCCCUGUUUUCGGAAGAUUAAAUGACGUAGCCUUAACAGAUAAAUGUUCUCCUGCAUACUGUGUAUUUUCCAAACCAGAGUUAGUGCCUAAAAAGUUUAUUCCAGCUCUUGUGAUACUCAGGGCCUUGCUUAUUGUUGUAAAGACAUCUCCACAGAGCUCGUCUGGCAUCGUUGUGCUGUGCUGUCUGACACUGUCCUUCGUUCACACUGAAAUGUUGUCUUGUUUACCGUUUGUCACAAUUAAAGAGAAGGAUUUGAUUGUGC